AUGAGCUCUACCAGAGGUCUCUCGCUAUCCUUGGCAAGAUUCAAAAAAAACGAUACCGAAGGUAGAGUUUAUCCCAAAGAUGAGCCCGACAAGGCGAGAUUCCAAAAGGUGGUGGACGAAUACUUGGCAUUCCAGGCCCCCAACAAGAUAGAUGCCAAAAACUGGAACCGCUUGCACGACGAAGCAGGGAAGGUAACGAAGAAGAACAAGAUCUCGGAUCAGGGUGCAGUUGCCUCCAAACCUACCAAGCGACUUAGUCAGGUGGCACGGGACCAUCUUCAAAUGGCAUUGGUAGAUGAAAACUCCAAUCGCGAAAAACCAGUGUUUGACAAGUGGUCAGAGAUUGAGGCACGGUUGUCUCUUAUAGUCGUUGACCAUGUAAUGACGAACUCGGAGGGUCAAACACCCGGUUUCGAUUCGGUGGAGGUAGUCCGCGGGUACCGUGUCAUCAAAUGUGAAGACCGAUUCUCGCUGCACUUCCGGACAAACGCGUGGAACGUAAAUUCCAGAACAGUUGGGAGUACUGGAAAUUCAAGCUAA